UAGAGAGAGAGAGAGAGAGAGAAAUAUAUAUAGAGAUAAGUAGUAUAUUCUACUCCUUUUUAUCAUUAUUUUUAUUAUUAUAUUAUAUUAGUACUAAUGAAAAGAAACCUAUUAUUUUACAUAGUACUUUUUGAAGUUAGUUUAUGCCCGAGCACAGUACAAUAGGCAUCUUUGUGAAUUUUUUCUUUCAUGGUUCUAUUGUUUAACUUUUUAUCUUUUGUGCAAUAAAUUUUAUUUUAUUAUUAAAGAUAAAAUAUCCAGACCUAGAGGAGACAAAACUAACAUUGGACAUUGUAUAUUGAUCUUUUACAAUGAGUGUUUCAAAUGCCAUAAAGGCUACUAAAAUUAAUGAAUUUUAUGAUCAAGUUGUAACAAUUAACAUAUAUCAAUUUUGAAUAUUGAAAAUUUAAAUUGGGCAUUAGAGAUUUAAAAGAUAUCCUUAAAAGGAAGAUCUUCACAUUUCGAUGAUGAUAUUCUAAAAUCCCUCAUUGAAUCAGAUCCACGAUUAAUCAUUGAAGAAUUGCAAUGGCCUGACCCACAGUACAAGAACAUUUAAAACGCAUCGGAAAAAUGGAUAGAAUGGAUAUUUGGGUGCCGUAUGAAUUGUAAUGCGUGUUUUCGGGCAUUUAAAAUGAUUCAAGAUAAAAUUCAGUAACUGAAUUGGGAGAUUUUCAUCACACUCUUCAUAUUCGCUGGACAUCGUCUAUUUGAAUUACCAUCUCUUCAGAUGAAUGGAACACAGUGUUUAAGGAACAAACAAUUCCGUAACAUAAACGAAAUAAGAAAUUUGAAUGCUUUCUUUGAUUCCAAAUCAGUCAAUUUUUAUGAAAAGGGCUUAAAAAGACUUAAAAAAAAAAAAAAAACAUUAGGAUACAAUUGUAAAUAAUGAAGAAAAUAUUUUAUAAUAUACUGUAAAAAAAAAAAAAGAAAAAAAAAAUUAAGAAAAAAUAAACUUUUAUAUUGUUCUAUUCCAUAGAUAGGAUAGAAACGAGCUCGUCUUUUAAUUUUUAUAAAAAUCAAAUAUAUAUUCAUUAAUUAUUAUUUUUUGAAAGAUCACAUAAGAUAUUUUUAAAUGUUUCCUAAAUUUCUUUUUUUUCCCCAAAUAUUUCCUAAAUGUUUUAAAGUUGGCCACCAUGUAUAUUCGGCCAUUAUAAAAAAUUAUGGCGGGAAAACUUGCUAAUACUUAUGGUACAUGCUAUAGACUUCGGUAAAUGAAAAUAGUUAAGGUUUUGUGGUAAAUUAAUUUUUUUUUUAUAUAAAGAAAAUCUUUAUCAUUGAUUAUCUCGAGAUGGGUAUUUUGGGCUUAUCAAAACUAAUAGCAGACAUAGCACCUAGUGCAAUCAAGGAACGAGAAUUGAAACAUUAUUUUGGUAGAAAAAUAGCUAUAGAUGCAUCCAUGUGUUUAUAUCAAUUUCUGGUCGCUGUUCGGAGUGAAGGAUCACAGCUUACAUCAGCUGAUGGUGAAACAACAAGUCAUUUAAUGGGAACAUUCUAUCGUACUAUACGUUUGGUAGAACAAGGUAUAAAACCUGUAUAUGUUUUUGAUGGGAAACCACCAGAUUUAAAAGGUGGAGAACUUGCAAAACGAGCUGAAAGAAGAGACGAAGCGCAGAAAUUGUUACAGGCUGCCGAAGAAGCAGGAAAUGUCGAGGAUGUUAAUAAAUUUAAUAGAAGACUGGUUAAAGUUACAAAAACUCAUACAGAAGAAGUUAAGCAGUUACUUAAAUUAAUGGGUAUACCAUAUGUUGAUGCUCCAUGCGAAGCUGAAGCUCAAUGUGCAGCUUUGGUGAAAGCUGGAAAAGUUUAUGCAACUGCAACCGAAGAUAUGGAUGCUCUUACUUUUGGAUGCGAUGUUUUAUUGCGUCGUUUGACUUUCAGUGAAGCUAGAAAGAUGCCUGUUCAAGAAUUUCAUUAUGAUAAAGUAUUAGAGGGUUUAGAAUUGAAUAAGGAUGAAUUUAUUGACCUUUGCAUUAUGUUGGGUUGUGAUUAUACAAAUAGUAUCAAAGGAAUAGGCCCUAAAAGAGCAAUAGAAUUGAUCAAAGCGCAUAAAUCUCUUGAAACAAUCAUAGAAAAAUUGGAUACAAAAAAAUAUACUAUACCAGAAGAUUGGAAUUAUCAGCAAGCAAGAUUAUUAUUUCAAAAUCCAGAUGUGGCAAGUACCGAUGAUAUUGAGCUGAAAUGGUCAGAACCAGAUGAAGACGGUUUAGUGAAGUUUUUAUGCGGUGAUAAACAAUUUAAUGAAGAUCGUGUUAGAAGUGGUGCAAAAAAAUUAUUUAAAGCUCGUAACACAACAACUCAAGGUAGACUUGAUUCAUAUUUUAAAGUAUUACCAGUUACCAGUCCAAAUCCACAAAAGCGUAAGGCGGAAGAAAAGAAAGGAACAACUAAAAAAGGCAAAACUGCUGGUAAUAGCAAGUUCAAAGGAAAAGCGAAAUGAAAUUAAAUAAUUAAUAUGAUAAUGAUUAUUAUAUCUCAAUAUAAACGUUUUAAAUUAUACUUUUUUU